AUGGCCAGUCCUAAGAUCGCCAAACGAGCACGGGCAAACACUGCUGGUGAUACUCACCUUCAGCAUGUUGAAGCCUCGACCAAUCAAAACUCGGUCAAUGAAGCCCCGAUCAAUGAAACGCCAGUCCCCUCACCAAAGGAAAUUAUCAAGCUCAAAGCCGAAGGCUUGGCUGAGCUUCUCCACAAAGCUGCCAAAGCUCAUCCCGAUGUUAACACCACGGUGACCGCCGCCAUCAACAGCAUGAUGGAGGAACGGAAGAAACGCAAUAUUGAUUUUGAUCAGUAUUCCAAGUCGAUUUGGUCCGCGAUUAACGUCCGGCACAGCUCCAAGAAGGGCUCCAAGCAAUAUGACCUUUCAUUUGACGUGGCUAGCGAAGUAAGCUCCACUAUCAGUCACAUCGCCAACCAAUGCGCCGAGUUUUCAAAUCCCAGGACUCGACUCAAUGGACUAGAAACACUACGCAAAAUUGGCAAGACAAUUUGCCUUUCGUCAAAUGAUACCUUGGGUCACGAGGUACAGAAACAGUUCCAGUCGGAUCCAAGUCUGGAAAAUGCCAUGCACGAUAUUGUGUCCGAGAUGUCACCCGCGGAAAGAGAAGUCGUAUUGAACGGACCUCUGUGGCAGAAAUUGGACGAACUUGAGCAGCUUGCAAAUGAUUAUUGUGUUUUUGAGGGGCUCCAUUCUGUUAUGGACCUGAUUCAAGGCGAAGGAGGUAACGACGCAGGCGAGGAGGAAGAAAGUGAGGAUGAUGAAGAUGAAGAUGAGGAAGACUAUGAUGAGGAUGAAUACGAUGAGGAGGAUGAAUAUGGGGUCACCGGGGAUGAGCAUGAUAUCUGUUAG